UCCAAGGUCAAGUGCAGAGUAUUGAAGUGAUAUAUUUCUACAAAGAAAGCUUUCUAGCAAUUUUCAAGAUAAUCGGCAAAGAGAUGGCCUUAAUUCCGAGCAUUUUUGGUGGUGGUCGACGAAGCAACUUGUUCGAUCCCUUCUCUCAAGACCUGUGGGAUUCCUUCGAAUCAGGAUUAAUCCCUUUUUCCUCCAAUUCCUCUCACCGGGAGACCUCUGCCUUCGCAGCCGCCAGAAUAGACUGGAAGGAGACGCCGGAGGCUCACGUGUUUACGGCGGACUUACCCGGGCUGAAGAAGGAAGAGGUUAAAGUGGAGGUAGAAGAAGAUCGGAUUCUUCAGAUCAGCGGAGAGAGGAACAAAGAACAGGAAGAGAAGACUGAUAAGUGGCAUCGGAUGGAGCGGAGCAGUGGAAAGUUCCAGCGCCGGUUCAGGUUGCCGGAGGAUGCGAAGAUGGAGCAGAUAAAGGCCACCAUGGAGAACGGUGUCCUCAAGGUGACCGUGCCAAAGGAGCCGAAGAAGAAGCCGGAGGUGAAGUCAAUUGACAUUUCCGGCUGAGAAGAGCUUCGCAGAAUAAAGAUUUCCAUUUUCUGUUUGUUUGUUUGUUUGUGUGUGUGUUAAUUAGUAGUUGUAAGAGGAUUUUCAGUCGAGUGUGAUAAUUCUGAGUUUGUGUUUGUAUGUAUCCAUCCGGUGAUGGAAGUGAAUGAAAUCAAGUUUUCAAUGACUUAAGUGUAUUAGUAAAAUAAAAUAAAAUAAAAUAAAUUGGGACAUGUUUUUGUUGUA